AUGACGCAGCUUCGCAACAUGCUCGGCGCCCUGCUCCUCGCCCCUCUCGCCAUGGGCGCCCUACCCUUGACCCCGCGACACGAGGCUGGUCGCUGUGCCAUUCGCGGCCAUUGCGGCUCCAAGAGCUGGUUCGGCAAGCAGCUGCCGUGCGUUGACAACGGCCUCGCCGAGUAUCCUGAUGAGGAGCUUCGCAACCAGAUCAUGGACGUUUGUGGAGAGAAAUGGGCCUCGGGCCCUGUCUGCUGUGACGCCGAACAGGUAGUUCAAUAG